AUGCCUGAGAAUAGAGCCCCUUCUUGGGCGGAGGAGGUAGAGAACAACCCGUAUCAUGAAGCUGCGAAGGCAACCUGGUCUCGAUUCAAAGAAUCACUUCCUUUUCAGGGGGGUACUACACUUGAAUAUAAGGCACCUCUGCAUCUGGAAGGGCAAAAAAUUGCUCAACUGGACCUAGAGGAAAUUGCAGUUGAAGCUUAUUUCUGGAAUUCGGCCUUGAUUUUUGUAGUUAUGGGAGCUAAUUCACCAUUGCCUGUCUUUGAAGGUUUCAUUAACCGAAUUUGGGGGAAACUUGGGAUCGAUCGAAUUGUGAGGAUGAAUUCAGGAUAUACUAUGGUCAAGUUCAGAGACGAGGCUACUCGUGACUUGGUCCUAGAAUCAGGGGUAGUUCAUUUUGAUCGAAAGCCUGUUAUCUUAAAGCCUUGGACUGCUGAUAUUGAGUCUCUGAGAUCGAUUAAUUCUGUGCCGGUUUGGAUUCAUCUUCCAGGUCUUGGGUUACAGUACUGGGGCACUAACUGUUUAAGUGCUUUGGUUAGCACUAUCGGGAAACCAAUAAUGAUAGACAAGAUCACAAAAGAUAGGUCAAUGAUCAAAUUUGCUAGGAUAUUAGUUGAUAUGGAAAUAUCAGACUCUCUUCUUAAGUUCAUCAGCUAUAUCAAUGAGAGAGGUCAAGUUAUGGAUCAAAUGAUUGAAUAUGAAUGGAUGCCUACAAAAUGCCCUCAAUGUAAGAAGUUAGGACAUACUGUCUCAACUUGCAAAUUUGUUGAAGGUUUGGUCUGGAGGAAGAAGGAGAGUCCAGCUACCCAGGCGGAUGGUGAUUCUGCUCAUGGAGAUUUUAGUACCCACUAG